AUGGCGGACCUCAACGUGCUGCUGCUGCAGUGGCUGUCUCCCAAUGGACAGGCUCGACAGGCUGCUGAGCAGAAACUCCUGGAGAUCCGCCAGAUGAACCCUGCCAGCUUCGCUGCUUCCUGUGCGGCGACCAUGUGCGAUGUGGGCCAACUGCCCCAGGCACGCCAGCUGGCGGCACUCCUUCUGAAGAACACGCUGCCAGUGCCUGGCCAGGAGGUGUCUUUGCCGGGUCCGGUGCUGCAGGCUUUGGCUGACCCCGACGACGCAGCACUUCGUCGUGGAGCCGCGCUCUGUGCAGCCAAGCUGGCCUGCAGCGGCUGGCCCUCAAUCGGCCCACAGCUCCUUGCCCUGUGUCGCCCACCAGGCGCGACGCCGGAGCUUGUCUCGUGCUUCGGCCAGAUUGCGGAGCUCUGGCAGAGCUCUGGUGCAGGUGUGCAGCCGGAUGGUGCGGCUGAGCUGGCCAAGGCAGUCGCGGCAGUCGUGAGCUUCCUCUCGCCCAUGCACCCGGUGUCGCUGCGUGAUGCAGCAGCGGAGGCUCUGUGCUCACUUGUCCCAAUGCUCGGGGCAGCAAAGGACUCGGUGGGCCAGGUUUUGGCUGCCGUCCUGGUGGCUGGCACUGGUGAAGCAGAGCUGCGUCUGUUGGGCGUCUGCGCCUGCGAGUGUUACGAGGCCCUGCAGGCUCCCGACCUGCAGCGGAUGGUGGAGCUGUGCCAUGGCGCCCUCCACGCAGAUGGCGAGGCCUCGCGCGUGCAGGCCAUAGAGCUCUGGGAGACGCUGGCCGCCUACGAGUUGUAUUUGCUGGAUGGCAAGCCAAGUGGGCAGUGCAGAGGUCUGGUGCAGCAGGCUUUGCCCACUCUGAUGCCUCUCCUGCUCCAGGCUCUCCAGGCAAGGGCACCCAGCUAUCAAAAGAGUUCCUGGGAUCCAGACGAUGAUGCCUCGCCAGUCCAGGAGGCGGCCUGUGGCGCGGUCAUGACGGUGGCCAAGGUCACGGGGGAUGCCUGUGUCGGGCUCACCCUGCCCUUUGCCUCGGCGGCCAUGGCUUCCCAGGACGAGUGGCAACGGCGGUCAGCCUUGCUCGCUUUCGGUGCACUCCAGGAUGGUCCGAGCGCCCAGGCCUUGCGGCCCUUGGUGGCUUCUGCCCUGCCGAGGCUGAUGGAGGGGCUGAGAAGCCAGUCCCUGCCGGAAGCUUCUGCCGCAGCCUGGACGCUGGGGCGAGUUCUGGACAAGAACCCAGGAUCUGUGCCCGAUGAAGCUCAGGUGGCACUGUUCGAGACUUCGCUGCAGCGGCUGCGAACGGAGGCGGGCCUUGCGGAGGAGCUCUGCUACUGCCUGGAUGGCCUCGUCGACCAACAGGCUGCUGUCCUUGAGCCGGCUCCCUUCGGCGUGGUGCUUGAGGCCUUGCUUGCGGGGGCGCGGGCGGCGCGCCCAGAAAGUCGGACGCAGCAUGCGCUGCUGAGCUGCUUAACUGAGCUGCUGGGCCGAGCCUCUGAGGAUUGCCUUCCACAGAUGGAGCUGCUGCUGGACGACUUGUUGCGGCAGGCAGACGGACCAAUUGACAUUGGCGUCCCCGGCAACAUGCUGCAUCUUGCGACGGAGUCGGAAAAGUGCUGCCUGUGCGUGUCAUGGAUCAACCGAAGCGACGGGAGCACAGCGAAAUGGCCCUUUUUUCCUGGCAGGCAGAGGUUCAUCCUGCAGGCUUGUUUUGCUGCCUGCGAGUGCUCAUUGUUCGCCUGGGUCCACGAGCGACGUGGCGGCCAGCACAGCAACGACCAGCCGCAUGCCGAAGCCGAGGUCCAGGGCCGUGCCGCAGCAGUUGCUGCGCUUCUUGCCCGACAUGGCGCAGCCGGCGAGGAGGAAUGCAGCCAAUGCAGCCAAUAUUCUUAG